UAAAACCCCGCUCUCUUCUUUCACUCUGUUUCAAUCUACAAAACCCUGAACUCCAUAGCAAGAAGAAAGCGGAUAAAUAUCCGAAAAUGUCCAGCUUACUGGAUAUGUCACUUGACGACCUCAUCCGCAAAGGCAAAGAAAAUGGAGGGCGUGACAGUAAUUUCAGAGGCAGUGGCAGAGGAGCAGGCUCCGGUUCGGUUUUGGGUCCGGGCCCCGAUCGUUUGGUCUUCCGUCGUGACCUGACCCGACCCAAACCCUACUCAGUAAGACCAGUGCAGGUAAUGCAAGUGCAGCAGGAGCCAUUAAUGUUAGCAGCAAGUGAAGGGUCUAAUGGAGAGGCUAAGUUAUAUAUAUCAAACUUGGAUUAUGGUGUUUCUAAUGAGGAUAUCAAGGUGCUUUUCUCCGAGGUUGGUGAAUUGUUGAGGUACUCACUUCAUUAUGAUAUGAGUGGGAGAUCAAAGGGAACAGCUGAAGUUGUAUUUUCACGCCAAACAGAUGCUCUAGCAGCUAUCAGGAGAUAUAAUAAUGUUCAGCUUGAUGGGAAGCCACUGAAAAUUGAGCUUGUAGGAGUUAAUGUGAUAACCCCUGUCCCGGUUACCGUGCCUGUAACUGCAAUUACCAAUGUGGCAAACCCAAAUGGUGCUGUUAGAAGUGUUCAUGAAAGAAUUGGUGCAAGGGGAAGAGGCCAUGGUGGUGGUGCUGGCGGCAGGGGCGGUGGCAGUGUUCAAGAAUUUGCCAGGGGCCAGGGGCAGGUGAGACGCCGUGUCGAGAAGCUAACUGCAGAAGCACUUGAUUCUGACUUGGACAAAUACCACUUUGAAGCCAUGAAAUUAAAGUGAUCUCACUGACUAGUCAAGGAUAUUCGCUUGCAUAUUCGUCUUUCAUUACACUAUGUUUGUAGGUGCUACUAGUCAUAUGAUAUAACCAGGGGACCUUUGGUUAAUAGUUGCAUUUAAAGACCACCAUUAUGUUCGGAAAAUGUGCAGUGUAGUGCUAUUUCUGUUCUUGAUUUUGGCAGCUAGUGCUCUACCAUUUAUGCUGCAGGAUAAAAAACUUGAAACUACAGCACCCAUUCUCCUGACCGUCAAUAUUUAUAGUAAGAAAGGUUUUGUGAAA